AGUAAUACGUGUCAUCAAUACUUUUUUAUCCUCCAUUUUCCCCUUAUGACUAUUUUUUCUUCACUUUAUAAAAGAAAACACACAAUACCUUACUAGAAAUCAAACAUACAUCAUCAACUCUAAAUAUAUUACCUAGCUAUAAUCCAUGGCUGCAAAUGGAGAAGAAGUGAAGCUCUUGGGGGUUGCCGCAAGCACAUUUGUUUGCAGGGUGCAGCUUGGUCUCAAUUUGAAGGGAGUUGAAUACAAAUUUGUGGAGCAAGAUCUUGAGAACAAGAGUGAAGAGCUCCUAAAAUAUAAUCCAAUUCACAAGAAGGUACCUGUGCUUGUUCAUAACGAGAGACCCAUAAGUGAGUCCCUUGUGAUUCUUGAGUACAUCGAUGACACUUGGAAAGUUAAUCCUUUCUUGCCUUCUGAACCUUACCAGAGAGCAAUGGCUCGUUUCUGGGCCAAGUUCAUAGAUGACAAGGUUUUGCUUGCAUCAUGGACAUCUGUUUUUACAAAUGAUGAGAAAGAACGUGAGAAGAAUAUUAGAGAAUCAGAUGAGGCACUGAAGUUUCUUGAGGAUGAGCUGAAGGGAAAGUUUUUCGGAGGAGAGGAGAUUGCGUUUGUGGACAUUGCUGCUGUUUAUAUUGCAUUUUGGGUCCCUCUGAUUCAAGACAUUGGAGGACUGCAAUUGUUGACCAAUGAGAAAUUUCCCAAACUUUAUAAUUGGAGCCAAGAAUUUCUCAACCAUCCAAUUGUCAAAGAAACUAUGCCUCCUAGAGACCCACUAUUUGCCUUCUUCAAAGCUCGCUAUGAUAAUCUAAUUGCUUCGAAGUAAACUAAUAAUAUGUAGUAAAAUUCUAAGUCUUUGAAGAAAAUUAUAUGAACUUUUUUCUGUUAUUUCGGAACAUCUAUUGUAAUCUAGGAUAUUUCGAAGUAGUGCAUUACUAGGAA